UGGCGUGCCCCGGGAGUUCUGCCCCCCCGGCCGCCCCGCGGCCUGCAGCUCGGCUUGGAACCCGCAUUCCGGGCCGUGGAGGAGCGGGGAGGAGGAGGAGGAGGAGCCACGAUGGAAGUGAAGGACGCCAAUGCCGCUCUGCUCAGCAAUUAUGAGGUAUUCCAGUUACUCACUGACCUCAAAGAGCAGCGGAAAGAGAGCGGAAAGAACAAACACAGCUCGGGUCAGCAGAACCUGAACAUGAUCAUGUACGAGACGAUGAAGUACCUGUCCAAAACGCCCUGCAGGCACCAGAGCCCGGAGAUCCUCAGGGAAUUCCUCAUAGCCAUGAAAAGCCACAGGUUAACCAAGGCAGAGAAGCUGCAGCUGCUGAAUCACAGACCCAUGACUGCUGUGGAGAUCCAGCUGAUGGUGGAGGAAAGUGAAGAAAGGCUCACGGAAGAACAGAUCGAGGACCUCCUGCAGACUGUCACCAGCAUCCUCCCCGGGGACCCUGAGGCCGAGCAGAAGCCCGAGUGACCAUGAGCCCCAGGGCUGGGCUCCGCGUCGGCCAGGCGUUGGCUUUUGUGGAAACCCCCUCCCCUGGUGGUGAGGGCGGCCUGCUGAGAAGGGAGGGGUGCGGAGGGGACCGCCAGUGGGGGCCGGCUGGGAGCCAAGCCAUCAGCCCCUUCUUUCUUCCUCGUCCCAGCCCCAGCUGUGAGCGUGUCCCUUGCUCAGCCGGCAGGGCCCUGCUGUCCUAAGCGCUUUCAUAUGUCUCUCCCCACAAAGGGCCUUCUCUCCAGCUCCCCUUCCAAGCGCCGAGGAUGGGGGAGCCUGAUUUCUCUGGGCUGUUCGGGCGGCUUGUAUUGUUAUUCUGUUGGAAAACCAUAAAGCAGGAAAAGAAGAAACGCAUAAUUAAAAAAACCACACAUUUUUCCCAGUGUACCAUUUGAAUGAAUUUAGCCAGCCUUUUCUUAAAUUCAUUUUAUUAAUAAUGCCUCUUGUCUCAAGAUUGGAGUCCUUCAGUGGAGACAGCUGUAGCUUAGUGGUUAAUUCAAAGGCCUGGGUUCUGGUCCCGUCUCUGACUCAUGCUGAUUGUCUGACCCCAGGCACGUAUGUAGCCUCUCACUGCCAUAGGCUACUCUCUCAGACUGUAAAUUGCAUUGGUAUAGAGGGAUUCCUUGUAUCAGUGAAAUCUCCAAUCUAAUCUUUCAACUUAUUUUUUGGAGCUCUGCCAUCCAAGGUGGAACCCUUUCUUUUCUGGUUGUUGUUUUUUUUUUUUUUUGGUUAAAUUUUAUCCAAUUAACAAGCAUACAUUUUCUCUGCCACCCCCCGCCCCCAAAUCUUUGUAACAUAUGCAAAACAGCUUCCCACACUGGCCGUGUGUCCAAAAAUGUGCCUCAUUCUGCAUAUUGAGGCUGUCAUCUCUCUGGAAGGGGUGGGUAGCGUUCUUCGUCAUUAGCCUGAACCUUCUCUUUUUACAACAAAACCCAAUUAAGUAGAAACGGCCGGAUGUGGUGACUACAUGUGUCAGUGAAUUGUAGGAAACCUUUAUCUAGAGAGGAACCGGGAGGGGAGGAUCCCACCAAUGGCCCCUCCUGUUCCUGGGCCUGAUUGAAAAUCCCUAGCUUACCUGUCCCACCCCAAGGCUAGACACCUAUGGAUCAUAGAUUUGGAGUCAGAAAGUCCGCAGAGAUCAUCCAGUCUGGCCCCUUCAUGUUAAGGCCCAGAGAGGCAAAAUCACCGGCCCCGGGCCAGAGAAAAGUAAGAAGAGGAGAGCUGGGAUUUGAACCCAGGGUCUUUAACUCAGAGCCAUUUUUUUCCUCUGCUUCUCCAGCCGGCAAAUUAAAGGUAAAAAGAUGGCUUUCUGCUUAAGAGCCAGACACUCGAGUCGUAGAAAUGAGGGCUGGGAAGGGCCAUAAAGCUCCUCUGGUUCAGGCUUGGCCCCAAAGAAGAGAGAAAAUGCAUCUCCCUCCAUCCUUGGCAGAGGUGGGGGCCUGUGGGUGUGGAUCACUGCAUAUACUGUCAGACUUGGUUUGUGUAGCUUUGUAAACUCCUUUUUUUCUUUUUUCACUUUUUUUUUUUUAUGAGUAAUGGCUUGCUGGAUUGGUGGGGUCGGGUGGGGAAGAAGUUGAGAAAUUUAGAAUGGAAGAUUAUGUAAAAGACAAAGAUAGAAAUAAAAGGUUUUUUAAAAAAUCCA